AUGGCAAUGUACAAUCAACAAUCCUAUGAUCCUUAUUAUACCUCACCACAAGAGUAUCGAUAUAAUCCCUACUAUGACACUUAUACAUACAAUCAACAAUGGAGAGAUUAUUCUAGCACUUCCUACAAUGGGAUUAAUCAAUAUGUUCAACCAAUUUCUUACUAUCAUACUCAUGUUGCACCAUAUAGUGAAGAGCCAACUACUGCUGAGGUGAUUGAAAUGUUCGCAGCUGAUACCUUGCAGUUUCAGCAAAGUUGUCAUGAAAUUAUCCAGAGCCUUCAACAAUCUCUGCAAAAGUUAGAGAGUCUUGCGGAGCCAAUGGAAACAUCUAUGAGUGAGUAUAAAAUUCAAUGUUCAAACUCUAUGCCUUCACAAGUAGAAAGUAGCCCAAUGGAGAAUGUCAAGGCCAUACCAAUUCAAAGUGGUACACAACUUGAAUCACUACCACACCAAGAAGUUAAUGAUUUGAUUCCAAGUCAUGAAGUCAAAAAUUCAUCCCUUGAAGAGUCAUCUCCACCAAAGGGUGAAUAUCCUAUUUUAGUUGGUCCACCAUCACUGAAAAAGUCAUACAAACAAAUUGUACCAACUUAUGUAUCUCCUCCACCUUUUCCAAGUAGAUUGAAAAAAUUAAAGAAAGAGGAGCCCAUCAAGGAGAUUCCUGAAACUCUUCCGAAAGUUGAGGUAAAAAUUCCAUGGCUUGAGGAAAUCAAAGAAGAGCCUCAUUUUGCUAACACUCUUGAAGAGUUAUGUCAAAAUGAGAUAAAGUUGAAUGGUGGUGAGAAAGUAAGUGUGGGGGAGAAGGUUAAUGUAGUUCUCCAAAGAAAGUUGUUUCCUGAGACAAGUGAUUCUUACAUAAUUGAGAUGGAAGAUGAGGGUGAUCCCAAUCUUACAUCAACUUUAUUUGGGAGACCCUUCUUACUCACUGCAAGUAAGAAGUUGGAUACGAAAGCAUGGACACUUAGAAUGGAAUUUGAUGGUGAAACACUUAAAUUCAAGGUGUUAGAUUCCAUUCAAAAAUACAUAAAGAAUGUGUCUUUGUUAGAAGACCCAACGUGA